AUGACUCUCGCAUCCUUUUCUUUGGGUUCUUGCAGCAAAGUUCAUGGUCGUGUCUUAAUAACUCCAGCUCAUCAUCGGGCUUGUAGUGACGAUGAAGAUGGUAGUAAUGACAAUGACAGUCAAGAUGGUAAUUCACGAGGUGAUAUUUCAAUAGAAAUGAGAGUUGAUGCUCCCGAUUCAAGUUUGAAUCAAGAGAACAUGAUGAUUGAUGAGCCUAGUCCCCACGAAGUGGCUGAAGUAGAAGCUGGAUGGACUGUAGUUUCAUCCAAGCAAAAUAAAGAAAGAGGAAAUGGUGGUGGACUUGCACUUUCUGCAAAGGACAGGCCAUGCCCAUUUAUUGUCAUGCAAGAAAACUAUGAAGCUUCAAGUGGGCAUCCACUAAAGUUGUUUCCAUUGGACAACAAGCAGCAGGUAGUUAACUUGUCCACAUAUCUGAAUAUCGUUUUCUCGGCUGCCACGAUUUGCGUGCAAUCAACCGUGUGGAAACUUGGCAGCGUGGAUGAGAUCACGGGGCGGAGGUACGUGUCUAGUGGCGGCGUCAUGGGGCGUCCUGGAGUGCAUUCAGUUGACACAUGGUUCAAAAUUGAAAAGUACGGGAAUGGGUAUAAGAUUGUUUGGUGUCCUGCUAGUGCGUGUAAUACUUGCAAGGUUGUGUGUGGUAAUGUGGGUGUAUUUGUUGAAAAUGACAAGAGAUGGCUUGGUUUGAGUGAUGUACCUCUUGUUGUUGUGUUUAAGAGAAGUUCAAAUUAA